UUGCGUCAUGACGUCCCUUCUCUUUCCUUUCCUCCUCUAUCGGCGAGAAUGAAGACCAUUCUCAGUAGCCAGACGGUGGAUAUCCCUGCCAAAGUCGAUGUGUCCCUAAAGGGGCGCACCGUCACCGUGAAGGGACCCCGCGGGAUCCUCCGCCGGGAGUUCAACCAUAUUAACCUGGAGCUCCGUCUGCUCGGCAAGAAGCAGAAAAAGCUGCGUGUGGACAAAUGGUGGGGUAACAGGAAGGAGCUGGCCACUGUCAGAACCAUCUGCAGCCAUGUUCAGAACAUGAUUAAGGGUGUAACUUUGGGCUUCAGGUACAAGAUGCGAUCAGUGUACGCCCAUUUCCCCAUCAACGUGGUGAUUCAGGAAAGCGGAACACUGGUGGAGAUCAGAAACUUCCUGGGAGAGAAGUACAUUCGCCGUGUCCGCAUGAGGCCAGGUGUGAACUGCGCACUCUCUGCAGCCCAGAAAGACGAGCUGGUUUUGGAGGGUAAUGAUAUUGAGCUGGUGUCGAACUCAGCGGCCCUCAUCCAACAGGCAACCACAGUCAAAAAUAAGGAUAUCAGAAAGUUCCUGGACGGUAUCUAUGUCUCUGAGAAGGGGACAGUAGUGGAUCCAGAGGUGUAGAGGACACAAGCUGCGCUGAUCCAGCAGGCCACCACUGUACGGAAGAAAGACAUCCGGAAAUUCCUGGAUGGAAUCUAUGUCAGCGAGAAGACAACUGUGGAGGAGCAGCCAGAUAAUUAACAGCAUCUGUCCUUGUAAAAUCUGUCAAUAAACCUUUUUUUUCCACCCACCA